AUGCAAAUGGCAUCAUCAUCUGCCGCUUAUCUUUUACCAGGGCCAUCAUCAUCACCAAUAGGAGCUAAAGCAGCACUUAUUAAACAAAUACUACCAAAAUCAUCACAAAUAACAGGAUCAACAACACUUCAUUCUGUUCAUCCUCAACUUCAAUACCCGCUUCAUCGAUCUUCUGCUUCCAAUCAACAAUUUUCGAGAAUAACAUCUAAUGUUGACACACUUCACUCAUUAACGGUUACUAAUACUAAUAAUGGUACUUCACUAUUGAUGACAAACAAUAAUCAUAAUACCAAUAAUAACACAUCAUCUAUGUUGACAACUAACAAUGGUGAUGAUAGUGGUGGUGGUGGUUCUGGAGGACAUAGUCUUUCACAAAGUAUGGAAUCGAUUAAUAAUAUUGGUUUAACAGAUGAUGAGUAA